GCGGCAGUUUAUUAUCAACAAUCGUGGAGCGCAGAGUCCGGCAAUUUUUAGCUCGUUAGUGGUGCACAAAAAUUGAAAAAUUAAGCCCAAAUAUGGGCAAAGUAUACGCCUGCCUAAUUUUACUGUUGCUAUGCUAUCAAAACUAUGUUUAUGCUGAUUGCGGCACUCACUCAACUUGCGUCUUGAGCUGGCAAUGCGUGAAGAAAGCUGACCCCAAUGUAAUAAAUUUUCGAAGUGUAGACAGUGAUGUUAAUGCUAUUUGCAAACAUAAAUUGCAAGUGUGCUGUCCAAAUGCGGAUAUUAUAAAACAAGAAAUGCCAAUGCAUACAAAUGUGGCAUGCGGCAAACAUAAUUUCCAUGCCAUACAACAGGAUCAUGUUAAUGAGAAUACGCAGUUUGCGGAAUUUCCGUGGGUUAUGGCGGUAAUAACCAAGUCACCGAUUAAAUUCAUGGGCGGCGGCUCACUGCUGGCGCCCAACGUGGUACUCACAGCAGCUCACAAAUUACUAAAUCAAAGCGCGGAAGAUCUUCAAGUGCGUGCCGGAGACUGGAAUAUUAUGAACAACACUGUGGAAGGUCUUGCCCAUGUAAACAGGGCCGUCGCGCAAGUGAUUCUCCAUGAGCAGUUCGACAUCAAGGCUGGCACCUAUGACAUAGCGCUGCUGAUACUCCAACACCCAAUAGCUUACUCAGCUCACAUACAGCCCAUCUGCUUGCCACGCAAAUAUGAAUUCCUCGACUUAAAACGCUGCUUUAUGGCUGGUUGGGGUACGGAAAAUUUUGAUACUAAAGGCGGCUUUAGUGAAGUUAUGAGGAAGGUCGAUCUGCCGUAUAUGAAGCGAGCUGAGUGUGAAGAGAAAAUGAAGGCAACUAAACUCUCAAAUAGUUUCAAGUUACAUGAAACAACAAUUUGUGCAGGCGGAGAGGCAAAGCAGGAUGCCUGCACUAACGAUGGCGGCUCACCACUUUUCUGCCCAUUGGCCGAUCUUCCCAAUCAGUACUUUCAACUGGGCAUUGUGUCUUGGGGCCUGGAUUGUGGCGUUGAGGGCGUUCCAGGCGCCUAUACCAAUGUUUACUAUUUGAAAGAAUGGAUACACUCAAUACUGCAUCUCAUGGGCUUAGAUCCCAAUCAAUAUAUGCCAGCAUUUACUUUGGAAUAUUUUAAGCGCACGCAAGAUUAUCUAAACAAAGAGCCAGAGCCUCUUAUCUAA